UAUAAUUCUGAGCUAUAUUCACCACUGGCUAUAUAUAUUCUAUAUGGUGAAAAAAUAUGAUGAUGGUCAUAGUUUAGGAUAUAUCUUUAGACUGUGAUAAAAUGGUGUGGUCAUGCUGGCACAGCUCAAUAGUAAAGACAUACAAUGAAGGAAUGGGGCAUAUCUUUUGAUAAACAUCGUUUGUCGCCAUCUGAUACCUUGACAUUGACCUUGUUGUCCAAAAGAAAGUAUUUAACUAUGCCAACAUUAGGAUUCUGAGAAAUAAUUUUUGUAACAUUCUAUUGCUCCAAGAACAAUGAAGAUCUUAACUUGGAAUAUAAAUGGCAUCAGAUCUGUAAAGAAAGAGCAGACCCUUAAAGAACUGUUUGAUUCUCUGGAUGUUGAUGUUAUAUGUUUGCAAGAAACUAAAAUUACAAGAGAAAUGCUAGAAGAAGAGACAGCUAUUGUGGAAGGCUACAAUGCAUAUUUCAGUUUCUCAAAAGUUCGAAGUGGCUACUCAGGAGUGGCAACAUUUUGCCGCAAUAUUGUAACACCAGUGAAAGCUGAAGAUAAGAUCCACUUGCCAGAAAAAUCAUCUGAUCCUAAUUUAGUUCAAAAUGAGAAUGUCUUUACACAUGAAGAGCUUGAAUCGCUGAAUGCAGAAGGACGCACUAUUCUCACAGAACACCUGGAUGGUGAAGGCCGCCAUGUUGUCAUAAUGAAUCUUUAUUGCCCAAGAGCUGAUCUGGACAAUAAAGAAAGAAUAGAAUUUAAACUCAAAUUUUAUACCCUGGUUGAAGAGAAAUGCAAAAGCUUGAUUCAGGAAAACAAGCACGUGAUUACGCUGGGUGAUUUCAAUGUCUCUCAUAAACUAAUUGAUCAUUGUGAUCCAAACGACCCUGAGAUCUUCGACUCGAAUCCAAGCCGACAAUGGGCAAAUUCAUUCAUUUGGGUGGGCCAGUGCUCUGAAAUGAAAGAAAAACUCAAAUCCAACGACACCGCAGCACAAAAUGCAAAAUUCAUCGACACGUUUCGUUAUUUUCACCCCAACCAAGAAUCCGCGUUUACAUGUUGGUCGACUAAAACGGGUGCAAGGCAGACAAAUUAUGGAACACGUAUUGACUACAUUUUCUCAAGUUCAGCGUUUUUCAAUAGAGAAUUUGUAGAUUGUAUCAUACGACCAGAUAUUGAAGGUUCUGAUCACUGUCCUGUCGUCGCUUCUUUGAAAAACACUUUCCAAAAUUCAGGAAAACCUCCUCCUCUGUGUACAAAAUAUAUGCCCGAAUUCUCCAGAAAACAACAAAAACUUAAAGAUUUCUUUAAGAAGAAGGACGAAUGUUCGAACACAAGUAAUAUAAAGGCAAGAAACAGAGAGAUUCCGGUUAAAAGUUCUGAAAAACGGUCGGCAGAUUCGUCGUUAAAAAGUCAGGCAAAACGAGUGAAAACGAAUGGGAGUACCUCGCAAGGAAAAAUAUCUCAAUUUUUUAAAAAGAAAACUGAGAUCUAUGCUGAGACAAGCAAUUGGGAAAGUGGCAAAGACGUCAGCGAUAGAUCCGUAAAUGCAAAUGCAGAAAAACCUAAAACUAGUCUCGAAUGGAAUACAUCUAAUAUAGAACAAUGGCAAUGCAGUUCCCAACAUUCCAUGACCAAUUCAAGUCAAAGUUCAACAUCUACAAGCAGUGAACUUGAUUCAUCAAACACUCCGACAUUUCCAAAUCUAAAUCCUACACCACCUCAAGACGAAACACAGGAGGUGAGUAAUUCAGCUGCUGUGGUUUCAAGCUGGAAGAAUAUAUUGAAAGGCUUGCCACCUCCUCCGUUGUGUUCAGGUCAUAAAGAACCAUGCGUUUUAAGAACUGUUAAGAACAAAGGAACAAACCAUGGGAAAAGAUUUUAUUGUUGUGCACGACCUCAAGGACACGCCACUAACAAGGAAGCGAGAUGUAAUUUUUUUAAGUGGCUUAAAAAGUAGGAUAACUGUGUACACUUUAGGAUUUAAAUGUUUUCUCAAAGAACUUAUUUCAUUUUCAUAUUCGUUUUGAUUAGCAAUACAGUCAGACUGUGAACCUAGUUUGUGAUAUCUUAUUCAGUAAGCCUGUUAGGAGUUCUUUCCAAAACUGAAUGAAUAAAAACAAUGCUUUAAGAGAAUAUGACAGUUAGUAACUUUUAUU